AUGCGGCCUUUGAAUCUUGCUGAAAGGGUAUCUCCAAAUAAAGUUUUACAUCAAUUAGUUUCUCACAAGUUACAGGAGGAACAUGAUCAGUUAAAACUGAUCAACAACAACAAGGAAGAUGCUGAGAGUGCUGCUAUUGAUAUGAAACUACAACAGAUGUGUGUAGAAGCAGGACUAUCUCCAAAAUCACAAAGCAAAGUGCCAAGGAAAGGAAGAAAGCAAAAUCCUGAAGUUCAACAAGCUGGGAGGCAAAUUCAGAAAUACAGAAGGAAACUUGGAAUGCCUUAUGCUGGUUCCAACUGUAAUGGAAAAAUCUGGUUCUUUGUUCAACAUAAUGUUGAUGUUGAGAUUCUAUUGGAUACUGAGCAAUCUAUUACUGUAAAGCUGCAGUUCCAAGAUUAUAGUAAGGAUAUGGUGGUCACAAUGGUGUAUGCUAAAUGUUCUGAAGUGGAGAGACUGCAGUUGUGGGACAAUCUAUACCUCUUAGCGAGUAAUAUGACAUCUCCUUGGCUGGUUGGUGGAGACUUCAAUGUUUUAUUGAAUGAAGAAGAAAAAAUAGGAGGACAACUAGUUUUGCCACAAGAAUAUGAAGAUUUUGCCUUUUGUUUGAAUUCUUGUGAACUACAUGAGAUUCCUUUCAAAGGGAGUCCUUUCACUUGGUGGAAUGGUAGGGCUGCUAAUGACUGUAUAUUUAAGAGAUUGGAUAGGAUGCUUUAUAAUGAUAUCUUUCAGAAUUGGUUUGGACAAUUAGAAGUGGAACAUUUGUCAAGGACUGGUUCUGAUCAUGCACCAUUACUUGUAUCAUGUGGAGAUCAAGUGCAAAAGUUUAUCAAACCUUUCAGAUUUCUCAAAUUUUGGGUGGAACAUGAUAAUUUUCUUGAUUUUGUUAAGCAGCAAUGGGAUACAGUCUUAACUGAUGAUGCAUUUCUGUCAUUUAAGCUCAAGAUGAAGAAACUGAAAACUGCCUUAAGUCCUUGGAGUAAGACUACUUUUGGGGACAUUUUUAAACAGCUUGUUAUAAGAGAGGAAAUAGUUAAGAUUAAAGAGCAGCUGUUUGAAGAAAAUCCAUCAGAAGAAAAUAGAAUGGUCAUGCAAAGGGCACAUGCAGAACUUAAACUAUAUCUUCAUUAUGAGGAGGAAUUUUGGAGGCAAAAAGCCAGGAUGGACUAUUUUUCUGAAGGUGAUAAGAAUACAAGAUAUUUCCAUAGCCUGCAAUUUACUCAUGAGGAGGUUAGUGAAGACUCACCAAUACUUAAUAACAUUCAAGAGCUGAUCAGAGAGGAGGAUAAUAUUUUACUUGCUGAGCAGCCUACCAUGGAGGAAGUACAGAAAGUUGUAUUUGAAUUAAAUGGAGAUAGUGCCUGUGGUCCUGAUGGUUUUUCUGGUAUAUUUUAUCAAAAGUGUUGGGAGGUGAUAAAGGCAGAUGUAUAUAGUGUGGUUAAAGCUUUCUUUGAAGGACAAACUCUUCCAAAAUCAAUAACUCACACACAUCUGGUUUUACUACCAAAGAAGAAUGUUGUUGACACAUUCUCUGAUAUGAGGCCUAUAAGUCUUAAUAAUUUUAUCAAUAAGGUCAUAUCCAGAGUAGUGCAUGACAGACUAGAUAAGCUACUUACAAGGGUGAUAUCUUCAAAUCAGUCUGGUUUUGUAAAGGGCAGAAAUAUAAUUGAGAAUGUGUUGUUGACACAGGAAAUUGUUACUGAUAUAAGGAAGAGGGGAAAACCAGCAAAUGUUGUAAUUAAGCUGGAUAUGGCAAAAGCAUAUGAUAGGGCACAUGGUUUCUUUCAUUCUACAAGGGAUGUCAAGCAAGGAGAUCCACUUUCUCCUGCUCUCUUCAUCAUUGCUGCAGAAGUUCUUUCAAGGGCCUUAAAUUCUUUGUUUGAUCAGUCUAGUUUUGUGGGAUAUGGGAUGCCAAAGUGGAGUGUUGAUGUGAAUCAUCCGGCAUAUGCAGAUGAUACAAUCAUUUUCUCAUCAGCUGAUAGCCAAUCUUUACAGAUGAUCAUGGACAUUCUUCAGGAAUAUGAGAAAGUAUCUGGACAGAUGAUAAACAAGAGAAAAAGUUCUUUCUAUUUGUUCAGCAAGGUAUCACAGGAGUUAAGUGAGCAGGUAGAAACAAUAACAGGAUUUGUGAGAGGACACUUUCCUUUUACAUAUCAUGGAGUUCCCAUUACUCAUGCCAGAAAAAGAAAGGUGGAUUAUACUGAAUUAUUGAAGAAAAUCAAAUACAGGUUACAAACUUGGAAGGGCAAGUUACUAUCCUAUGGAGGAAAAGCAGUGAUGAUCACUAGUGUGCUUCAAAGUAUUCCAAUUCAUGUUUUAUCUGCUAUAAGACCUCCUAAAUGUGUGGUUUGGGUUUCAGGUCUAUCUAUGACACAUCCAAAGCUCUAUGUGCUAAACUCUGGUGGAAGUUUAGAACCACUAGCUCUCUUUGGGCUAAUUUCAUGUGGAAUAAAUACUUCCUGGCAAAUCAAUGAGCAGGUUGAAGAUGUUUCAGAACUUAUGACAGAUGGAAAAUGGAAUAUCAGCAAACUAAUGCAGUUGUUUCCUGAGGAUAUUGUGCAGCAUAUAAUUCAGGAAAUAGACAUUAAGUAUACAUCAAAUGAAUGGGAUAGACCUUGGUGGAUGAUGACAAGCACAGGCAAGUUUACAGUAAGCAGUGCAUGGCAAUUACUGAGACAAAAAGCUAAUUUCCCUGGGAUGAACAUUCCAACUAUAUGGCACCAGAUGGUUCAAUUCUUUGCAGGAUAUAAGCCUACUGUCAUUUGUAGAAUUAUUGAAUGGAGGAAACCUGCACCUGGAAUUUGCAAGUGCAAUACAGAUGGAGCUGCUAAAGGAAAUCCAAGUCCAAGUUUUGUUGCCUUUUGUAUAAGAAAUGAAAAGGGAGAUCUGGUAUAUGCAGCUGCAAAAACUUUGGCAGAUGGAACAAAUAUUGUGGCUGAGGCUGAGGCUAUUAGAAUGGGACUGAGGCACUGUGUGGUAAAACAACUUUUUCCAGUGAUCAUAGAGACAGAUUCCAUGACCAUGAAGAUGAUUCUAAAUGAUGAAUGGAAGGUUCCUUGGAGUAUCUCAAUGUUGGUGGAUGAUAUAAAGAGAAUGAUGGUUGAUCACACAGUUUCUGUGGAGCAUAUACAUAGAGAUGGAAAUGGGCUUGCAGAUUUUUUUACUAACUUUGUUUUUGGUUUUGCAGGAUCAGUUCAGUUUCAUAACUUUCAGGAAUUGCCAAGUCAAGCUAAGAGGAUUUUGAAUUUGGAGAAGAGAGGAAUUCCAAACUUGAGAAUAAGAACCAUUCAAGAUAAAGCACCAGAUUGA